AUGUACUCGUACAAAAAGUUCAUUGCAUUCAUGUUGUUGUGUAUAUUGCACAUUCUGGCAAGCAAUAUAAACAAUUAUGGUCCAUUCAAACUAAACGUAACAAGCUUAGUAACUUGUAAAGGACCGAAACGCAAGGACUGUACCGAAGUGACAACAUGGAUUCUAGACGGAACUAGCAUAUUUUAUGAUUUAAUAGCAAAAGAAGAUGUAAUGCCCACUAAGGUCAAGAUGGUGGUCAUUUCGAACGGAAAACCUCUAGUAAGGCUUCAGAUGAAGAAACCUUGCGAUCAUCUAUUUCUAAAGCCUUUGUUCGUGUCACUAUUAAAUGCCACAAAGGAUUGUGUUAUUCUAAAAGGACACUACAAAAUUAAUUUAGAUAUACAAAAUACGGCACAGAAAUACUAUGGAGGCAUGUUUUUAUAUGGAAACCUAACGUUCAAAGCGAUUUUCUACAGCGACAAUUGUAACUUUUCAUGCGUUCUUAUGUCAACCACAUUGACUCCGAGAAAUAGUACCUCUUAG